AUGAGCUCCUAUAAAAUAAUUGAAUCGAAUGAAUAUUCAUUAUUAUUUGAUUAGACCUAAAAAUCGAAAGCCUUUGGUAGAGUUUCAGUCAUAUCAGAUUAAACAAUUCAAAUCAUAAUCAAGUUGGAUUUCACAAACAAAAAAUAUAAAUUUCAAUUAAAAAUUUAUUGUGAUUUUUUUAAUAUAAUUACAUUUGAACAUAUUCCUUGCAAAUAAUUAUUAGCCAAAUUUCAGUCUAAAAAAAAGUAUGAGUUUAUAAGCAUUUUUAAUACUCUCGUCAAAAUUAAUAAUAUCUUGAGAAUGUUUACCAAUGCCUUACUUUAGAUACAACAAAUAAUAGACAAUAAUUAUGAUCUCUAACUUAUCAAAGAGACUGUAAUGAACUUGAAAAAUGCAAACCAAGUAGAAAUAAUGGCUUUGAUGGAGAUAAUUCUUUAAUAAAUGUCAUCCUCAUUUAAUCAUGAAAAAGAAGCGUAGUUUUUAGACUUGUUGAAAGAAUUACAAUAUUUACUAUAAAAUAAAUUUACAACUCUUUGUGUCACUAGCGCUAACACUAAUAAUUUUUUAGAGUACAAAAAUAAGUGUAAUUCCUAGAAUAAAGGAAUUCUAUUACUAAAUCAUCAAGGAUAAUUUAUUCUAUCGGAUUAAAUAUCCAGAAACAUUGUAGAAUUAAAUUCAAAGAAAGAACUUAAAUAGAAGGACUUCUUCUCUCUUGUUAGCUAAGCUUCAAAAGGGAAACUAAAAAAGACGCUUCAAAAAUGUUGUUUAUUAUCGAACGGAAAAAGUAUGGAUUCAUUUUAAUUGGCCAUACAUUCUGACAGAAACAGAAAGAAAAGUCUUAAAUACUUAAAUUAAAUUGCCUCGAAUAAUAAAAAAGUUGAAAAGAUUAAGGCUGAAAAAAAUGUUUAAGAAAUGAAAAAAGAAUAAAUUUUGGUUGCAAAGUAUUUAAAAUCAAUAGAAGUGACAAUCUAUUAAGCCACUCUUCAAUUUGACAAGGAGUUUAUUGAAUAAUUUUCAAAAUCAGAUGAUAUUAUUUUGAGUAACUUGGAUAGUUUGAAUAAUACAAAUGCUAAUUAAUUAGCCAUUUGUGAAGUGAAAGAAAUAGAUGAACAACUAAAAUUUACAGAAAAAGAAUUAUUGUCAGAUGAUUAUAUCUCUAAACAUGAAACCAAAUGGGACAAAAGAGUUAAGAAAAUGAAAGUUUAAAAAUCUGAUUGAAGAUGACCAAUAUGAAUUAUUAUAAUAUAUAAAAAUUAUUAUUAAAUAAUUAGUAA